AUGGAUUUGGAUCUGUGGAUCGUCAAGGUCAAGGAGGGGCAGCACCUCGCCGAGCACGAGCUCCAGUCCCUCUGCGAAUACGUGAAGGAGAUCCUCAUCGAGGAGUCCAACGUGCAGCCGGUCAACAGCCCCGUUACGGUGUGCGGCGACAUCCACGGCCAGUUCCACGACCUCAUGAAGCUCUUCGCCACCGGGGGCCAUGUCCCCGACACCAACUACAUUUUCAUGGGCGACUUUGUGGACCGCGGGUUCAACAGCCUUGAGGUCUUCACCAUUCUUCUGCUUCUGAAAGCUAGGUAUCCUGGCCACAUAACCCUUCUGCGUGGGAACCAUGAAAGCAGACAGUUGACGCAGGUAUAUGGCUUUUAUGAUGAGUGUCAGAGGAAGUAUGGGAAUGCGAAUGCAUGGCGGUAUUGCACUGAUGUUUUUGAUUACCUUACUCUUUCAGCAAUCAUUAAUGGCACAGUCCUCUGUGUUCAUGGUGGCCUUUCACCUGAUGUACGCACAGUUGACCAGAUGCGGACAAUUGAUCGCAACUGCGAAAUUCCUCAUGAAGGACCUUUUUGUGAUCUGAUGUGGAGUGACCCAGAAGAGAUAGAGACAUGGGGUGUUAGUCCCCGUGGAGCAGGUUGGCUUUUUGGAUCACGGGUGACAACCGAGUUCAACCAUGUUAACAAUCUUGAGUUAGUUUGUCGGGCUCAUCAGCUAGUCCAGGAAGGCCUAAAGUACAUGUUCCAAGACAAGGGUCUUGUAACUGUGUGGUCUGCACCUAAUUAUUGUUACAGAUGUGGGAAUGUUGCUUCUAUACUAAGCUUCAGUGAAACUAUGGAAAGAGAUGUGAAGAUCUUCACAGAGACGGACGAGAACAACCAAAUGCGAGGGCCGAGAAGUGCGGUCCCGUAUUUCCUUUGA